AUGGAUGGAGGCGGUGCUACGGCCACAGCUGGACCUUAUAGACAGCCUUAUCACACGUUGAAUGACUCAAAACCCUUCUCAUACAUUAGGGCGACGGUGGGUGGAAGCAAACCACCUUCCAGAGCUCAAUCGCGAGAAGCCUUGAAUAUGACUAAUUCGGGUCUGGAAUCGCCUAGUCUUUUGCGUAAAUUAAUGGGAGGGAGCACAGAAAGAGAUGUCGCGAAUGGUGCACACUCUCCGAGUAAGUCCAUACCGAUUCAGUCCAUGCCCAAACCACAACAAAGUUCUGUUCACAUUGAAAUCAGACCAUCAUCAGAGAAUUACAACGGGUCGGCUCGGCCGAAUCAAGAUGGAGAGCGGAUUAUCCCGGUGAAUCAUCAAAGUUCAAGUUCCGCUACUCCUUCGAGUCCAACACGAGGCUUUCAAACGUCUGAACGAAGUGUUCCAAUUCAACACAGUGGCCAAAGAUCAAUCCGCUCGGAUCAGACUCAGUCUUCCUCUGGCAACAAUUUCACAUCCUCGGCUUUCAUUUCUCCGACUCCUUACCCAGACAAUGAUUUCCAUCUAACCUCAUCGGCCUUGGCAGAUAUGGAGGCCAGUCUGUCUUGGUUGGAAAGACAACAGAAGAAACUAAACGAGAAGAGAGACUUGGACCGGAAGAAGCAAAACAAAACCAUUCAUCACCAUCAUGAGUUUGAUACAAUGGUGAAUGACCUUAGGAAUGCCUCGGCAUCCGCCAACUACAAUACUCCGCCGCCAGGACCAAAGAGCGAAACCACAACAGAUGGAUAUGCGAGCGAUCUCGCCUCGAUGUUGUAUUCCGAGACAUCGACCCGCGAGAGUAGCCCGUUCAAGCCUCAAACUACGAUCAAGAAUCAAAAUCAGUCAUACCAACCACCAAGUUAUACAGUGCCUCUGAAAGUGGAUCCUGGAUAUUAUGAUCAUUCCAGAAACUUGACUUCUCAUACCAAGAGCAGCAGCAGCAACAACAACAACAACAACACUAUGCAAUUCCAGAAACAAAAAAUGACUCCGUUUAACUCCACCUCCAAUUCUUCGUACUCGACCCUCAAGAAUCAAACAACGUCUCAAUUCAACAGUAUGAACCAACAAACAUCAUCUCCAGCCUCUUACAAUCGCACGUCUUCUCUUUCGCGUCAAAAUUCCGACACAUCGUAUGAUCGUGUCAGGCCUUUUGUGAGUCGCCGAGUCAAAUACGAUAGUGAAUCAGAAGUGGAUGGGAUGUCAGACGUGACUUCUCAACAACAUCGCUCCUACCAAACCCUUGGUCGGUCAAGUAAUGGACUGCAUGCUUCCAAUACGAGUCUGGAGUCAUCCGCUUUCCAAUUAGGAGGAAGCCAAAUGGGUUCCAGACCAAUUACUCCUGCCUUUCCGUCUAUUCCUGGGACUCCUUAUUUCAACCAAUCUUCUGGAUUCUCUCAUGGACGCAGUUCCUCCCUCCAUCGAGGAAUGGCCAACAAUCGUGCUCCUUCGCCAGGUUCAGGAUCUUUGUAUCAGAGCGAUAUGUAUGGAACAACAUCCCGACGGGGCAGCUUUGGCUCUUUAGCAGAUGUGGCUGUUUCAAACGUCAAACUGGCCAAGGAACAUUGCAAGUAUUGGUAUAAACCAAACAUAACGCGAGAAGACGCCAUUGGGAUGUUGAGGAACACCAGUCCUGGUACGUUUGUGGUGAGAGACUCGAAUAGUUUUCCUGGAGCAUUCGGUCUGGCUUUGAAAGUGGCACAGCCACCACUUAAUGCUGGAAGACCGUCCAGCGAUCCAUCUUCAGAACUUGUUCGUCAUUUCUUGAUCGAGCCCACGACCAAAGGUGUCAAGUUGAAGGGCUACAAUAAUGAGCCAGUGUUUGCGUCACUCUCGGCUUUGGUUUACCAACACACCAUCACGCCUUUGGCCCUGCCCAUUAAGUUAGUUUUGCCCCAAUCGAGCUUGGUGACGGGCUUGAGUGGAAGCCGGGAGUCUCUCUCGGACCCACGAGGAUCGUCCACCAAUUCUCAAAUGCAACAGCUGUUGGCCCAAGGAGCAGCUUGCAAUGUCAUCUAUCUUUUCACGAUGGACACGGAUAGUUUGACUGGGCCAGUUGCUCUCAAAAACACCGUGAGUCAUCUUCUCAUAAACCGACCCAAAUCGCAGACCGCUCUGGUGCACUUUAAGGUCUCUGGACAGGGUAUUACGCUGACGGAUAACAUGCGAAAGCUAUUCUUUCGAAGACAUCACAAUACUCCCACGAUCUCCUUCUGCGGCAUUGACCCCGAAGAUCGACGCUACACGAGAACAAACAGCAAAGGCAAGGAAUUGUCCCAUCGCAUCUUUGGCUUUGUGGCCAAAAAGCCCACCUCUCGAACCCAUAAUCAGUGCCAUAUUUUCGCCGAAUACGAGUCCGAGCAGCCCGCCCGGGCCAUUGUUAACUUCGUGAACAAAGUCAUGCUAAAUGGAAGAAACAGUCGAGCCGACGUUGUCUAAAUAUUCAACCCCAAAUUCAUUUUUGCACGUGUUGUGCCCACGCGGACUGCUGACUACCGACUACCCCCUGGUGCUCGCUAGUACUCACACCUUACUCCUCCAUGUUUAUGGGUGUAGCCUCCCUCAUUUUGCAAGAGAGCAAGAUGAGCUUUUAUGGCAUCUAGGCCAUGUGAAGCCGAGCAGCUAGGCGCUAAUAUCUUUCUUUGGGGAAAAUGUGAGCAUCGCUUCUCUCUCCUUCUAUUCCAAGUCUUCAGCAGAUUUCUCCAGAAAUAACAUCGGAAAUAGCUAUUAGUUGAGUAGCUCAUCCAUCCCUCAUCCGAAAAGUAAGGCUGCCUGCCCUUGGGCUUAACGAAAGGGCAAACAAGCAAAUGGGAUCUAGCGACUCUCGUCUCUUCGAAUUUUACUUGAACGGAGACCAUGUCCAUGCCUAACAAACUCACUCUUACGAAAGGCUGAGAUGAUUUGACAAGACAAUCCUGACGGAUAUACCCAUCACUGAUAUCGCAGCCACUAAUGCAAUUGAAUUCAUGGGUCUCAGCGUCAACUCACUCGUACUAAACCAAUAGAACUUCUUGCAUCCCAUUUUUGGUCGGGUUUGAAAUGGGCCUUGCUGCACUCUUUCUUGCCUGCUUGGAGCUCCUCCCUCGCUAUCUUCUCUUUCUCCGUUCUUCCAAGAUCUCCAACCAGUUGGUUCGGCCUACGUAGAUGUGUCCAAAACCAGGACGAAGAACUCACUCCUAAUUUGGAGGUGGUGAUCUCUUGUGAGGAAUUCCAUGAUGUCAUCUUUAAAACUGAAGAACAUGGACCUCUCCUGUUGGUUUUCGAUAUUCGAAGAUGAAUUACUUUCAAUGGCAUGUUAACUUUGUGAUCCGAUUGUAAUGCUUCAUUGGAAACAAAUCUGGCUCAUUUCUGUCAUGUUGAGACCACAUCAGAGAAAUGGAAUUCAGUGCUACUUUGCUACUUACCACAGCUGUUACUAAAAUUGUAUUUUAGAAUCGUUUAGACUGCAUAUUACUUGUCAACCUAGUGACUGAUGAACGUCUGAUUAACUUUACUCUAUUAAUAUGAUAGUUGCUACUACAUUUAUUGCUAUUUCUUGUCUUCAUUAUUGCUAAUCCUAGAUUUUUAAAUUUUUAUCUGAUUAUUCAAGGCAUUAUUGAACGAUGUUGAUCUGCUUCGAAAUAAAUAUUAUUGAUAGUUGCAAA